AUGCCUUCCAAUGACGGUGUUCCUGGUGCUCGAUCCUAUCGGGUGCUCAUCAUCGGUGGCUCCUACGCGGGGCUGAGCACUGCAUUGACCCUGGUCGAUCUUUCGCGGGGUCGCAUACCUCGCUUCAGUUAUGACCGAGAGAUCGCGCCCCCGGCCCAUCGCAUCCCUGUAGACAUUACGGUGAUCGACGAACGAGAUGGCUACUAUCAUCUCAUCGGAUCGCCCAAGUCCCUAGCUUGCGAGAAAUUUGCGUCCGACUCAUGGACCCGGUUUCAGGACAUUCCCGGCCUCAAAUCCUCGGGCAUCAACUUCAUUCGCGGAAGCGUUAGCUCAGUGGACUUUGCAGCGAAGACGGCCCACAUUGACGAAACAGACACGAAAGCGAAACGCAAUGAGUCCUAUGAUUAUCUUGUUGUUGGCUCUGGUUUGCGACGGACUUUCCCCACGGUCCCGCAGUCCCAAGUGCGAGCCGAUUUUAUCGCAGAAGCGAAAAGCCACGCCGAAGAGAUUCAAAAUUCUUGCGAGGGUGUAGUGGUUGUUGGUGGCGGUGAGUAUUCAUUCAAUUUCCUCAAUCCGAGUCUUCCCUGUGGUUCUGCGAAGCUCAUCUUCUGUCGUAUUAUAUUAGGUGCCGUUGGCGUGGAAAUGGCCGCAGAGUUGAAGAUUCUCUACCCAGAUCAGAAAAUUACUCUCAUUCACUCGCGAAACCGUUUACUAUCCUCGGAACCUUUGCCAGAUGAUUUCGCCGAGCGCGUUGAGUCAUGCCUGCGUGAAGUGGGUGUGGAGACGAUUCUGGGCCAGCGUGUUGUUGAUACUACUGCUGUAGAUACAGAGAACGGUCGCCGGGUGUGGCGUCUAGCGCUGGCCGAUGGUCGAGAGCUGAUGACUGGCCUCGUACUCAGCGCCAUCUCGCGAAGCAUUCCCACUUCCACAUAUCUUCCAUCGGAUGCAUUGAACGAGGAUGGCUAUGUGAAGAUUCAUCCAUCUCUUCAACUCUCCGGGUCCAUCCCCAACGCAGAGAGCCACUACUGUGUGGGAGACCUUGCGGCGUGGCCCGGUAUCAAACGAUGUGGAGGGGCAAUGCACAUGGGUCACUAUGCAGGUCAUAACCUGUAUGAGCAUCUCAUGGCACAAUCUGCCGGCAGCAAGCCGGACGUGAAAAACCUGAACCCGUUCCCCAAUGUCAUCGGAUUGGCCGUAGGAAAGAAAGCCGUCAGCUGGACCCCCGACGAGGGAACCAAACACGGCGAGGAGCUGAUGACCAGCCUCUUCGGAGAGGAUAUGGGUAAUUCCAAUUGCUGGAAUUACAUGCAGCUUGGUGAGGCCUGCAAGGCAUAG